AAAUAGAAAUGCCGGAAGCUGCCACAGGACGUAGAGCUCCAAAACGAAAAGGGACAACCGAGGAAUCUCAGACCCGAAAUGAAUUAUUAAGAAUGGCUUGCCAACAUCUGCGUGCUUCCAACAAUGAGGUAGACAUUCUAGCGAAAAGUUGGGCACUGGAGCUAGUGAAAAUGUCGCCCGAGCAGCAAAUUCACGCGAAAAAGGCCAUUAGCGACAUCUUAUAUGAAGGGCGUUUAGGAACCCUUCACAGAAAUUCUGUAACAAUAAAUGGGCCAAACUCACGUCUACUUUCAUACGGAUAUUCACCUCAUACAAGUAAUAGUAGUCUAUCUCAAUCAUACCCUCCAUCUCCAGUACAAAUCACCACUCUAGAGAACAGACCACAACAUUCAUCCCAAUACGUGUACCCAUCACAUUCAAAUAAUACAAAAACUCAUUACUCCCCAGCUCCGGUACAGAUAGGCAGACCAGAAGACCCUGUAUUGUUAUUUUAAUGAACGUUAAUAAAGUAAUAAUUACUUACCUUUAUAUAUUUCUUCAAAACCUUUAUGAUUGCGUCACAGGUCUCUAUAAUAAUCUUUCCAAGUGUUUGAGCAGCUAUUGCUGUUUCGAACUUUAAACCCUCGUAAGUAAGCCCAGAAGUAAGGUAUCGUAAAGUUGCAAAUAACCUUUGCUUGGGUGAUAUUGCUUCUCUCAUUAUAGUAUGUUGUUUUUCUAUAAGUGGUGUUAUCAUUACCAAUAAUUCGCCAAAAGUAGUGGGGUCCAUUCGUAAAUAAUUUUUGUAAUCUAGUGGUGAACUCAAUUGAAGUUCCUUGAGGAGAUUUGCGUGGCUAAAAAGGGAUCUUUUCUUCAACCACUCUUUCAUCCAUACUCUCCUCUUCCUCCUUCUUUUUUUAAUACCAACAUCCUCGGAGGUUAUAGCAAUUAUUAUAGCUAAACAGGCCGCUUCGUCAGAUGGCAUGUUUCCGUAUGAACGCAACACAUACAACUGAGGUUUGCAUAAAAUAGCGCACAGUGUAUGGCUAACCAUGUUUGUACAACACUUUGUUGCGCAACAUCAGGUUGCCCAAUAUGUAUGCAGGUGUAUGG